AUGGCAGAAGAAACACAACCCAAAUGGAAAGGCAAGGCCACGGUGGUUCUAGAAAGCCCAACAGCAGAUCAAGUAUGGCCUUUCCUGGAGGACUUCUGUAAUCUACAAAAGUGGCUUCCUGGAGUGGAUACAUGUUACCAGGUGGAGGGUAAGCUAGGACAACCUGGCCUGAUUCGGUACUGCGGUUCGAGCACACUAUCAGCGGAUGGGAGUCAAGAGGAGACCAAGAUCAGCUGGGCCAAAGAGAAGCUAAUAAUGAUUGAUCCAAUCGAACGGUGUCUAAGCUAUGAGAUCCUUGAAAAUAACAUUGGAUUCAAGUCCUAUGUCGCCACCAUGAAAGUAUUGCCGAUCAAAGAUGGAGAUGGUCAACGUGGGUGCAAGAUCGAGUGGUUCUUCGUUGCUGAUCCAAUCGAAGGGUGGUCAUUGGAGGAUUUUAAUUCUUAUAUUAAUUCCUCUCUUCAGUUCAUGGGGCAAAAAAUGGAACAGGCUGUCCUAUCUGGGUAA